AUGGCCGACUCUCAGCCUCCCCAAAACGGACCAGAGCAACCUCCUCCGUCCGAAGAUAAUAUCAAAACCGAACCCGAUCUUGACACAUCCAUCGAACAAGAUAUCGAGAUGAAUCCGAAUCCCGAUCAACCAGAUGAAGCGCCUGCUGUCGACCCUAUGGCCCCUGCGCCCACCCCAUCUAAAAAAGAAACCAGUCUUCGCGAGUUCCUUGGCAAAAUGGACGACUAUGCUCCCAUCAUCCCAGAUGCCGUCACUGCACACUACCUUACACUCGCCGGUCUCCCUCCACCAGGCACAGGGCCCGGCCAAACGCCCCCGCACCUGGCGCGCCUCCUUGCACUCGCCGCCCAAAAAUUCGUCUCAGAUAUCGCCGCAGACUCGUACCAGUUUGCGCGAAUCCGCGCCUCAAAUAGCUCAUCUGCCAACAAUGCCAUUGGUAGCUUGGCCGCGGCUUCGGGUCUGGGUGCGCCAGCUGGUGCCGCCCCCGCUCCCGGUGGUGAUAAGGGCAAGGCCGGUACACACCUAGGUAUCCAGCGACCUGGGUUUGGUGGUGGAGGCUCUGGGGGUUCGGGACAGGGUCGAACUGUUCUGACGAUGGAGGACCUUGGCAUGGCGGUUUCCGAGUACGGGGUUAGUGUGAAGCGCGGCGAGUUCUACAGGUAG